AUGACUACACAGCUUGUACAUCAGUCUUCUGUGAUAAUAGAGCUUGCCUGCUUCUCUUGGCUACGUGACCAUCUUUCGACAAUUCACAAAUCUCAGCAAAAGGAUGAAUCAGAUUUGCCUUCGUCAUCUUCACUUUCUCCUCUUGUUUCUAGAGGUCACCUUGUGCCAGGGUUACGUCUUUCCUGUCUGCUCGGGCUCCGAAUGAAUCUGUUCGAUUUAGAGUGCACAUAUCCAACGGCGAUGAAAGCGUCUUUUGGAACUGAUAUCGACGUGACCGGAUGCAGUGCUUUAGAAGUGGCUAGUACCAGUAGCCAGGCAACAACUCAGCCGUUUUUUAGGGCAAGGAGCAGUUUAUCAUCUGGAGAGGAUGAUUCAUCUCUUUCCUUUGAUGCCUCUUGGCCGUUAACAGCGAAUCCUCAAAUUUAUUGGCUGGUUUGCUUGGUUGCUACCGGCUGCUUGGGCCUCCGCAGCAUCGACAGUUUGAUGAGUUCUGUCAGCUUGGGAUGUGAAGAAGUUGAAACUGUCCUAAAGACGAUGGAAACACCCACUCAUCCGACCAAUAAUUCAUUGUCAGAUGAACUUACAGCUACGGGGCUUCAUUGCAUCAGAGACAUAUUUUCUUGGCAACAGCGGGGAAAUUCUGAUGGCAGGAGGUUUGUCGGUUCAGCUGGUAAGUAUACUAAGCCAUCAUAUAUGAUUGUUGAGCUUAUUUCCAUUUUGAGUAAAAGUGUUUGUUGA